AUGACGUCACACUCGGCGCACGCGCUCUGCGCGCAAACUUCCCUAAAGUCGAAGUUUCGGCGAAUUUUCGGUCAAAAGAAUAGGAGAUCCUUGGAGUGGUUGUGGAGACUGUUUGCAUUCGCGGACACCUUUGACCGCAUCUUCGUCGUGUUGGGCGCCACAAUCGCCACAAUCACCGGUUUCUCCUGGAAUCUGCUGACCGUCGCCUUCGGGGACGUCGUCGACGUGUUCGUCGCGUUCGAGAGGAACGCGCGCAACAAUGCCUCGGAAGUGGAGAGCGCGGAAUUCCUGCGCAACGUCUACUUCUUCUCGUAUUCGUUGCUCGCGCUCUGGAUCCUCAACUUCGUGUCCAACUUCCUCAUCUGUCUGCUCUUCUCGCGCGCCGCCAACAAUCAGAUCCGGCGCAUAAAGAACCGCUACUUCGCGUCGCUGUUGCGCCAGGAGGUCGCGUGGCACGACCAGAACGCCAACACGGCCUUCGCCUCCACUGUCACCACAGACCUGAAGCGCAUAGAGGACGGCAUGAACGAGAAGUUCGGUCUGGCCGUGUACAACGCGAGCACCGCGCUCAUCGCCAUAGCAACCGCGUUUGUUUACGGCUGGAAACUGACGCUCAUCAUCAUCUCGCUGCUGCCGUUCCUCGCGUUCGGCACUUCCGUCAUGAACAAGGUGCAGGCGACGUUCGCGCGCAAGGAGGUGGAGGCGUACGCGGCGGCGGGAGGCGUGGCCGAGGAGGCGAUCGCCGGCAUCCGCACAGUCGUGGCGUUCGGCGCCCAACAGCACGAGAGCGAGCGCUACGAGCGCCACCUGUUGCCGGCGAUGCGGAGCGGGAUUCGACGGAACCUGAUGACGGGUUUGGGGAACGGCCUGAUGUUCGCGUGUCUCUACGCGGGGCUCGCGCUCGGCAUCUGGUUCGGCGUCCAGAUGAUUCUGGAGUCGCGCGACUACACCAUCGGCACCAUCGUCAUCGUGUUCUGGUGCGUCUCUGGCGCCGGCUUAUGUUCGCGUCUCCGCAUCGCCGUUGCCCGGGCGACGGCCGCCAAAGUGUUCGCCACCAUCGAGCGACGGCCGCUCAUCGACGUGACGUCAGAGGGAGGAGUCAAGCCGGAACCAAUCAGGGCGGAGAUCGAGUUCAAGAACGUGGACUUUUGGUAUCCCUCGCGACCGGAAGUGAAGGUUCUGAACGGCUUCUCGUUGACUAUUAAAGAGGGCGAGAGUGUGGCGCUGGUGGGCGCGAGCGGAAGCGGCAAGAGCACAGUGUUGCAGCUGUUGCAGCGCUUCUACGACGCGAACGGGGGAGUGGUCAGUGUGGGGGGGAGGGAUGUGCGCGAGUGGAACGUGCAAUAUCUGCGCCAACAGAUGGGCGCCGUGGGUCAGGAGCCGGCGCUGUUCGACACGACCAUCAGGGAGAACGUGGCGCUGGGCUCGCACUCGAAACUCGUGGACGACGAGGACGUGGAGCGCGCGCUGCAAGAGGCGAACGCGAAGGAAUUCGUGGCGAAACUGCCGCAAGGGUGGGACACGCGCGUCGGCGACCGCGGCGCGCAACUCAGUGGCGGCCAGAAGCAGCGCAUCGCCAUCGCGCGUGCGCUGAUAAACGCGCCGAAAGUGCUGCUGCUGGACGAGGCGACGUCUGCGUUGGACACGCGCUCCGAGGCUGUGGUGCAGACGGCGUUGGAAAAAGCGUCCAAAGGGCGCACGAGUGUUGUUGUCGCGCACAGACUGUCCACUGUGGUCAACUGCGACCGCAUCGUCGUCAUGGAGACGGGCCGCGUGGUCGAGACGGGAACGCAUGCGCAGCUGUUGGAGCGGAAAGGCGUGUAUCACGCGCUCGUCCGCCAACAAAGCGCGGCGGCCGAACCGGAAGUGACGGACGCGGACGAGAGCGAAGCGGUGGAGAGCGGGGAUCAGGUGGCGGACGAGGCGGAGGUGUUGGUGGGCGUGGACUUGGAGGAAGAGGCGCUGAAGAAGUUCUCGCAGAAGCGGCUGUUCGCGCUCUUCGCGGCCGACAAGUUCUACAUUGUUGCGGGUCUCGCGCUGUCCCUCCUCUACGGACUCAUUGUCCCCAUUUAUGCCUUCAUUUUCGGCGCCUUCGUCGAGCACAAGCGCGAGCCGCACCCCGGCGAGCGCCUCACUCUGCGACUGCGCAAACUCGCCUUCGACGCGAUCCUGCGUCAGGAGAUCACGUGGUUCGACCGCCCGGACAACAGUUGCGGCGCUCUUUGCGCGCGGCUCUCGGCGGACGCGGCCAACGUCCAAGGGGCCUCGGGUUCGCGGAUGGCCAUCAUCUGCCAGGCGCUGUCCACGUUCCUGGCCUCAGCCGUGCUGGGCUUCGUGUUGUCAUGGCAACUGUCGCUCGUCGCCAUGGUCUUCAUUCCCUUCAUUCUGAUUGGUUCUGCGAUCGGCGCGUCGGUCGACAACUGGACGGCGCGCGCCAACAAACGCGGCGUCGAGAUGGCGGCGAAGGUUGCCAUAGAAACGCUUUCGUCGAUUCGAACCGUGAUUUCGCUGCAAAGAGAACAACACUUUUCACAACAAUUCCAGCGAAUCGUCGACGAGAACGCGAAGUAA